UCAGCACUGAAUGAAAACAAAAACAGUCCCAGCACGUGCGUCCGAAAUGGAAUCGUCCGUGGAUCUGGGUUUUCUGGAACCGUGCGAGGAGUGGCUGCUGGCGAACAAGUUUUUUCGCAGCAAGGUGGGCGGCAAGCCGGCCUGGCUCGAGCUGAAGAACCUGCCCGCCGCGAAGGAUCUGCUCUGCGGUGUGUGCGGCGAGCCGUGCGUUUUUCUCUGUCAGGUUUAUGCACCUCUAGAGGAGAAAGAGAGCUGCUUUCAUCGGAUGGUUUACUUGUUCGUCUGCGCGAAGGCCAGUUGCUACGAACACAAUCAGAGCAAAAACAUCCUAGCGUUUCGCAGCCAACUGCCGCGAUCGAACGACUUCUACGGCUUUAAUCCACCAGACGAAUCGAAAAAGUCCGACCCAAUUCCAUCCCCGGUCCCUCUGUGCGCCGUCUGCGGCUGCCGGGGCUCCCAGCAGUGUUCGCGCUGUAAAAAGGUCAACUACUGUGGCGUGAUCCACCAGCGAAUCGACUGGAAAAAUGGCCACAAGACGAGCUGCGGAAGUGAGGAGCGUCCUCCGUCAGGAAAUUCUCCCAUUCUGUUUCCGCAGUAUGAGAUCGUCACCGAACCGGAGGAGAUUGACGCCGAGCCAAAACUGUCCGCGGCGGAAGUGGAGCGGAAACAGAUGGAGGAGUACGAGCGGCUGGUGAGCGAGGGUAAAACGGGCGAGCUGAGCGAGCUGCCCGAAAGCGAGCUGGACAACUACUCGGGGCAGGUCGAGGACAAGCACUUUGACAAGUUCAAGAAGCGGAUCGAGGCGGAUCCAGAUCAGAUUUUACGCUACGAUCGGAGAGGUGCCCCUCUAUGGUUAUCUCCGGUAGUUCCGGAGAGCAUUCCAGCGUGUGACCAGUGUGGAGGACCUCGGAAGUUCGAAUUCCAGAUCAUGCCCCAGCUGCUAAACAGUUUGAAAAACGAAAACAUUGACUGGGGCACGCUGGCGGUUUACACGUGCGAGCAGAGCUGUGACCCGGCCGAUUGUGGCUAUGCCAGAGAGUUUGUCUACAAACAGGACGUCGUCAAUACCGAACCCCAGGCUCCACCACCGGAAAUUGGUCACGAGUAAAAGACACCCAGAGUGUUAAAGUUCGAGUCACUUUAUUAUCAUCAUCUCUAUUUACUCUAGAAUAAAAAUCAAUCCCUGCGGCUCGUUUCCGGAUUCCCCACGCGGAGAAUCGCCUCGGAACGAGUUGUUCAAAGUUUAAAUGCAA